GUUGUGGGCCUUCCAUUGGGAUUGGAACAAUAAUGGCUGAAGGUUUUCAAGUGAUGUUUUCGACAUUCAGCUAAGGGGGGCAGAAAAAGGUAUAUAAGGAGCUCCAGGAACCCUCGACAUUGCUCACCACCAAUCUCACAAACACCAUCAAUCUCAAACACCAUCAACUCUUCAAAGAAAUCAAAACCAAAAAAAACCAGCCCUCAAAAUCAUUAUCCAACCUUCGCAAAAUGCAAAUCGCCACCGUCUCCAUCUUGGCCAUCUUAGCCACCCUCUCGGCCGCCACCCCGGCCGCUGAUACCCAUCACCAGCUCCAGGCUCGCAAAGUAAACUGCAAGAACAUUGUGCCCGCAUGCUUUGGCGGGCAAAAAGGCGACAAAUCUACAUGCCGCUGCAAAGGGCAGAAGGGCGACUGUGACUUAUGGACUUGUCCAGGCUCCAGCGCCGGCGCUAUGGUUUGCGGCCAAGAGGAAAGUGGCUGUGUCUUCCUCUAAUCAAGGCGAAAGGACAGAGGAUACUUAGUUAUUUUGGUAUCGAAGCCGGCGAUUUGUAUUGGGAAUCUCUCUCUUGCGAUUCAGAUGGAAGUUUGUCUGAAGCUUAUUCUUGAGGGUUGUAGUUCCCAGUAAUUCAAAGCUCCCUGGCCUUUGGCCCGCGUAUGAGUUGCCAAAACUGUUUAGAGUGGAUGAAUGAAUGAGCCA